GAGCGACAGCCGCUGCCGGCUUGGAGCAAUCAAACAACAAAUUCGCUCAAGAAUGCCGACAUGGAGGAGCUAUGUGGAGCUGUGUGUGCCUGAUAUGGCAUAUAUUGUGUUUAAUGUCAGUUUCAAAAUUAUGCGUGCAUGUUUUCAAUUUGCUUGAGUUGAAAUUUAAACAACUUUCCAGACAUGAUUCUAGCCAAUCGUUUCUUGUACUGUAUGCCCCUGCGGGCUGGCUGCAUUAUACUGUCCGUCAUCGCACUUAUUGUGUGCUGCGUGCACAUUUAUAAGUUCAAUGCCACAAUGCAAGAAAAUGCCGAGCGCAGUGAUUCGUUGAUCUUUCCAGAGGGCAUUACCCAGAUACUUUUGAGACUUAUGCCGGAAUUUCUAACAAUUAUUGGGGUCAGCUUCCUGUUGAUUGCCCUCUUUUUGGACUUUAUUCAUCUGAUUUUGAUCACACUCACUUUCGAAGUCACUCAGAUGCUAUAUCAGCUUCUAUAUAGCAUUAUUGCCACAACAUUGAACAUAAAUGUGACCGUCAAUUUGGGUGUCUAUAGCAUUGUGGCCUAUUGGUGUCUUAUUAUCGGUUGGAUCGCUUUUUCUGCAUAUUUUGUGUACAUCAUUAUAUCGUACUUACCAGCAAACUUUGGCAAUGAUCCAGAGUGAUAUGCCCUAACGCCAAAAAUGUUUAUUAUUUGUU